AUGGAAAUGGGAGACAAGGCAGUCGGCCUUGUGUUGACCAUGACGAGUUUAUCCAUCUUUACCUACUACACUUUCUGGGUCAUAAUCUUGCCAUUUGUUGACGAUGACCAUUUUGUCCACCAAUACUUUCUGCCUCAAGAAUACGCCAUCUUCAUCCCUGUGUUUGCCGGUGUGGUGCUACUUUCGUUCCUAAGUAUAUUCAUCGGUCUUGUGAUGCUGAAGUCGAAGAAAAAGAAGGCUGCUUGA